AUCAAGUAUGGCUUUGAUGUACCCAUUCCACGUAGCACAACCUCCACUCAACUGGUCCGAGCACUUGUGGGUUUCCGAAGUCUCACCAGCAAAAGAGUCAUUCAUCACCACGAUUUGUGAGCACCGUCAAGCUCAAUGGGAUAAUCAAGAUCUUCUGCGUCACUUGCAAGACAGUGUGGCUAUUCUGACUCGUGAAGAUCAACGUCAUGUGAACGCUGUCCAUGCAGCAGCAAAUAUGCCUGCAAAUCCUUGAAUUCCCUAUUCUACACCAUAUUUAUCUGUAAAUAAAACUCGAUUUGGCA